AGGACCCAGCAGUGCAGCCGGUCAGGUAUGCACAGCUCAUGGACUAGAGCGAGGCAGACAAAGGCAAAAAGAGCUCGUGCCGCUUUCCUGCAGCAUCCACACCCACCCACUUCACUCCAUACACUCCAGCGCGGACUCCCCAGAGCUCUCCACCUUCAGCACCCGUCUACCACGGACCCUCCCGGACCUCUGUUGCCAUGGAGCUGGACUUUGGCCAUUUCGACGAGCGAGACAAGCCCCGUAACCCGCGGGGCGGGCGCAUGAACGGGCUGCCCAGCCCCACCCACAGCGCCCACUGCAGCUUCUACCGCACGCGCACCCUGCAGGCUCUCACCAACGAGAAGAAGGCCAAGAAGGUGCGGUUCUACCGCAACGGAGACCGCUACUUCAAGGGCAUCGUGUACGCCGUGGCCGUGGAACGCUUCCGCACCUUCGACGCCCUCUUGGCCGACCUGACGCGCUCGCUCUCCGACCACAUCAACCUUCCCCAGGGGGUCCGCUUCAUCUUCUCCAUCGACGGAAUGCGCAAGAUCACCACCAUGGACGAACUGGAGGAAGGAGAGAGCUACGUCUGUGCGUCCGAGAACAUCUACAAGAAGGUCGACUACACGAAGAACGUCAACCCCAACUGGUCUGUGAACGUGAAGGCCUCGGCCAGCCAGAAGAACCUGCAGAGCCUAGCCAGUAAGCAGGCCAGCGAAGCCCGGGAGGGCAAGGAGUUUGUUCGGCCCAAGCUGGUGACGGUGAUGCGGAGUGGCGUGAAGCCGAGGAAGGCCGUCCGCGUGCUGCUCAACAAGAAGACCGCGCACUCCUUCGAACAGGUGCUCACCGACAUCACAGAGGCCAUCAAGCUGGAGAGUGGCGUGGUCAAGAGGAUCUACACACUGGACGGAAAGCAGGUCACCUGUCUUCAGGAUUUCUUUGGUGAUGAUGAUGUCUUCAUUGCCUGUGGCCCAGAGAAGUUCCGCUACGCCCAGGAUGACUUCUCCCUGGAUGAGAAUGCACACUACCCCUCUGGAACCAAACCCAAAUCAGCCCAGGGGGCCUUUAAUAACCAAGAAGGUUGCAGGAUGAUGAAGAAGAAAAGUCCAGGUCAGAUCCGGCGCAGCAAGUCUCCUGCUGAAUCGACCAAUGGGACAGCCUCCAGCAGCCAGCUCUCCACCCCAAUUUCCAAGCAGUCCCCCACCUCCACCCCCAACAGCCCAGGCAUCCACCGCAAGCAGAAGGAUCUCUACCUGCCCCUAUCUCUGGAUGAUGAUGAUUCUCUUGGGGAAUCCAUGUAGAGCCUCCUGUCUGUCAGCUGCUGCCUGCCUACCCAUCUCCCCCUGGCCUGCCACUCGGAGGUAUCUCUGGUGCUCUCCACCUUCACUGACGGCCAGCGUCCUCUAGUGUACUAUCCGGGAGGACUUCUCCAUUUGAUCUCUCCCUGGUGCCACGUGCUAUGUCUACCUGACCUUGGCCACCACGGCUGUUCCACCUUUUGCUGCUUGAGAAUUCACCACUAGAUCUUGUUUUUUAUAUCCUAUGUUGUUAAGAAUGUAUAUGCUGGGCGUAUACGACAAUGAUGUACGAAUUACUGCAUCUAACAAAUUCGCCAAAUCCUUCUAUUGUGUGAAAGUCCAGGGUUUACUCUUAUGCUCUCAGAAGGGGCACAUCAUUUACUAACAAGCAAUUUCAAAGAUGCAGUUCCCACAAUGUAACUACAAAAGUGUAUUUUUUUCCCAGUUGAAAACCAUGCAUUCUGAUAUAGGGCAAAUCACACAUUUCUACGAUUUUCCCAAUUCAAGUGCACAAUUCCAAGCAGCAAAUGGACUAUUUCUCUGGGGUGUAGUAGUCAGUAGUCACGUUUUGCUCAUAAUGUCCCUCUUUGUCCUCUCUCUUUCUGUGCUAUGGUUCAAGCUGUUAAAAGUAACGAGAACAUUUUUAGGGGAAGGCGCUUUAGCCGUGAGAGGUGAAUGUCCUCCUUUUCAUCUACUGUAAAUACUGUGUAUAGCCAUUGCAACAUCCCAGCUAAUGCCUAACAUUCAUAACUAUGCUUUCACAAAACGUCAAUACAUCGCCUGCCAAACGUUGAGUCAACAUAACAUGUUUUCUGUGCAUCGUCUAUCUAUGAGGUCUUCAAAAACUGCAAGGCACAGUGGAGCCAAGCGGCUUUGAAACCGUGGGCAUGUAGAGUAGGGUUACUGGGGUAAGUUAUACUAGUGUGUACAAACCAACCAAAGCCAGAGAAAAAAAAAUUGCCCUUUUUAAAACAAACAAGCACGUCCUUUUUUGUUUUAUUAAAUAACGGUUUAGGAUUCUUAAAUGUAUUUUGGUGAUGAUUAUUUGAACUCCUUUUUGUGACUGAUUCUACGAUGGAGACUUCAAUGGAGAUGUGAUACAGCCAGGUGUACUUAUAUUGAGGCAAGUUUAGAAUAAAUGAUCCUGACAAUAAAACAAAAUGUCAAAGCCAAAGUAUAUAUUGUAUCAAGCAAAGUGGAAAUCUAAAAUGUAGAUCAUCUGUAGUUCCCCCAGUGGAGACAUACCUGUCUGCUAUUGUACUCUGUACUGUCUGUUUGUUACUGGGGCCUCCCAAGAGACCAUUCUAACCAGACCAUGUCCAUGUAGGGUAAAUAGAUUUUCACCAGCACAGAAAACAAUAGAGUAGAGCUUCUCACAUUUUGCAUGGCUAAAUCUUUUUUCUUAGUGCUUAUUGGUUGAAUACAAAAGUUUAGAUAGGAGGAAAUUGAAUUGUUUGUUCGAAGAAAAAAAAAGUAUUAUUAAAAAAAAUGAAGUAAUAUAUAUGUCUAAAACAUUGUUCCUUUUCUUGACGAGUCACACAUGAAUGGUUAUAGUAACGUCAUGUUCCUAGAGAGGAUGUCCGGCAAAAUCUGAUUAACACAUCAUUGUGUUAUAGUGCAGGCAUAUGGACAUUUUUCUGUGGCGGUCGUCCCAAAGAAUAGUGUGAAAUACUAGACCAAGUAUUACGUAUGUAAGGUAUUUACGUAUGUAAAGUGAUCCAGUGUGAACCUCUCUCUGGACCUGACCCAAAUCUGACCCAAAUGAGCAGCACAACACACUCUCGACUACUUACACCCGCCAUCUGCAGGGAGUGAUGUCACUGUGAUGUCAGCACUACAGCUGCAUGUCCACUUUUACAUCUUCUGGGAAUCAACACUUUGUCAAAUAAAAGUCUCUUCUGGAGAAUUCAGUUCUACUUUAUCUCACCAGCUGUUCAAUAUCUUGUCUCUUUGCCCCAGAUUUUCUACAGUUUAACAUGAACAGUGUCAGUCGGUUGUUUUGUGUGAUGCUGCCACCACCCUAUAAUACAGGAGGUGUGGGCCAAACCCUCACCUCCAGUGGUGCCUCUUUUUUUUUGAUUGCCGUCUUUUGAUAAAUAAAAAAAAAUGAUAAAAAAAACAAAACAAACAGGAAAACUAAGACAUGGCCUCUUUGUUAACAAACUGUUUGUAGAGCAUUUUUAAAUGUCUUGAAUUGUGGAGCUGCCAUCUGCGCAGUGUGAUCUCUCAUACAUUGUUUUUGAUAGAAUGCCAGGGUAACUAUAUCAUAGUGCAAACAUACUCUCUUUCUGUUCUCUCUGAAUGAAUCUCUUGAUGGAAUGAAUUGGGUUACUGGGAAAUGUACAACGUCCUCUUUAAUGGUGUUUUUUGCAAUGUCACAGUGGCUUGUUUCAGUGCUUCACUCUAUGUAUUAACCAAUUCCCUUUUGCAAUUAAAAGAGUUGUGUUCCACCUCC